AUGGAUACAAUCAAUAAAGAAACAAAUGAAAAUGGAAUCAAUAAAGAACUGAAUAAAACGAGUUCUCUCGGGGAAUUCUACGCCGGUAGUGGGAUUCUUGUGACAGGAGCAACCGGUUUCGUUGGGAAAGGUCUCCUGGAAAAACUGAUCCGCAUGUGUCCACGCAUCGCUGCCAUUUUUAUACUAAUUCGUCCAACAACUAAUCUACAUGAGAUUGGGGAAAAAGUUUAUACUACGAGCUUGAAACCUUCGGAGGUGAUCGAUAUAUGUGACCAAUUCGACAAAUCGUCCAUCAUCGAAAUAGAAAAAAAGAUUUUAAAAACUUAUCCAAACACAUACACAUUCAGUAAGAAUUUAGCAGAGCAGAUUGUAGCAAGCAAGUGCAAAGAUCUGCCAGUUGCGAUAGUACGGCCAAGCAUAGUUGGUGCCUCUUUGCAAGAACCAUGUCCUGGUUGGAUAGAGAAUAUUUCUGCAUUAACAAGUACCAUUAUGCUAAUCGGCAGAGGAUGUGCAACAGCGAUACGAGGUAGGAGAGAUGCAAUAUCGGAUAUAGUGCCUGUGGAUUUCGUAGUCGACAUGAUAAUAUGUACUGCAUGGCAUGUCACGUUACAUAGAGAUCAUGAAGUUAAAGUUUACAACUGCACGAGUAACGCAUGCCCUUUUAAAUGGGGUCAGAUGAGAGAUGCCAUUGUGAAAUGUAGCACAGAAACGCCACUGAACGAUACGCUAUGGUACCCGGGUUGUCCAAUGAUAGCUAAUAGAUAUAUUUACCAGGUUCGGAGUAUAAUUCCGCAUGUUUUGCCUGCGUUCGUCAUAGAUAUAUUUUUAAGACUCCGAGGUAGUAAACCAAUAAUGAUGAAACUUCUCCUAAAUGGCAAUAAGCUGUUUACAAUGAUAGCAUAUUUCAUCAUGCACGAAUGGACUUUCCAAAGGGAUAACUGUUCUGACUUAGUGAGAAUCAUGCACGAAUGGACUUUCCAAAGGGAUAAUUGUUCUGACUUAGUGAGAAAAGUGAAAAUUUUGAACGACGGCGAUAUGGUCAAACUAGAUUUACGGGCUAUGAAUUGGGAGAAGUAUGUUGCAAUUUACCUGAUGGGAAUUAGGAAAUUUAUUCAGAAACAAGAGUUUAAGUCAGCAGCCCGACAAUGGUUAUCAAGGUUGUACUGGAUACACCAGAUCACUAAAAUGUCCGGUAUAAUGAUCUUACUAUGGAUAGUAUACUGUAUCGUGUACUGACUAUUCGAACCUUAUUUUUUCUGUUUAAACCAGAGGAAUACAAAUUCAAUUUUAUGAAAAAGGGAU